AUGGAUGAGGCACGGAUCUUACUUAUUGAUUCAUAUGAUAGCUUUACACAUAAUCUAGCGGCUCUGUGCUGCCAGGCCAUUCCACAGUCGCGAAUUCACAUCAUUAAGAAUGAUGCACUGAGCAUCCAUCAACUCGUCCCCCACCUCCCCAAAUUUGACGCUAUUGUCGUGGGACCUGGUCCCGGUUCGCCUGCUCACCCAGCGGACAUCGGGAUCGUACGUGACCUCUGGAAACUCGAAGAGCAUCUUUUGCCCAUCUUCGGAGUAUGCCUCGGCUUGCAAAGCCUCGCACUCGAAUUUGGAGGCAAAGUGUCCCGUCUUCGGGUUGUCAAGCAUGGUCAAAUUUCCCCCAUCGUGCACACCGGCUCGGAUCUCUUUGCAGAUGUCGGAGCGAUAGAGGCCGUGCGAUACCACUCGCUUCAUGCCUCGUUAAACGACGGAGAACAUCUUGAAGAGCUCGCAUGGGCGAAUGAUGGCGAGGAAAAUGGUCGAGUGAUCAUGGCCAUCCGACACCGCAGCAAGCCGUAUUGGGCGGUCCAGUACCACCCAGAAUCCGUUCGAACGUCUGGUGGAGGCCUCGAGGUCUUAAAGAACUUUUGGAGACUUUCAAAUGAGUGGGAAUCGCUCAGAGCGAGGAAAAGAUACAAGUGGGACGAAGAAAUCGAGACGCUGGUCGGUCCAGCCUGGCCUUCCCUCUCCUUCUCCCUGCAGCGCGGCAUGAAUGUUCUUUCGAAAAAGAUACACGUGCAAACGCGGAUAAUCGAUUCACCUUUGCUGAGUAGCGUCGAGGUUGCCGAGCAUUUUGGCGCCACGGAUGAGAAUGCUCGACUGGUCCUCCUCGAUUCAGCGGCAAAACCAGGUCGUUUUUCGAUCAUAGGCAGUCUCAUGACAUCUUCUCGCCAAUACACUCAUUACACUCACGAAAAUCACGUUUCGAUAACAUACAGCGGGACGACGGAGCAAAUCCCACUCCGUGAGCUUGACAUCUGGUCUUGGAUGGAGAAUCACAUGCGCCCGUACGAGAACAUUGUCGGUCACGAGGAUGUGCCUUUCUGGGGUGGCUUCGUUGGCUAUCUCAGCUACGAGCUCGGAUGUCAGCACCUCGCGCCGCUUCCGACUCGCCGUGACAAGUCAGCACCUGCUCCUCGCGUGCACCCAGACCUCAAUCUCGUCUUCGUUGAACGCAGUGUUGUAUUGGACAAGGUCACGGGUCGAGCCUACGUCCAGUCCAUCCUCCCAAAGGACGAUGGGUGGAUAAGCGACACUGUACGUUCCCUGAGAGAACUCGACGCGAGCCUGCGUUGUAGGGUGGGCUCGAAGGUGGUCUCUUCUGAGGAAUGUCCGAGGCCCAAACCGUCCAUCACGCUACCCAACCGGUCCCAUUACUUGGCGAGUAUCGAAACCGCCAAGGCGCAUCUCGCUGCGGGUAAUUCGUACGAAAUAUGUCUGACUGCGCAAACGAGGGUUACUCUUGCCGUGCAGGAUGUAAACCGGGAUCGUAGUUCGUCUUGGGAAAUGUACAAGCGUCUUCGCAAGCACAAUCCAGCACCCCAUUCCGCAUACCUUCGACUCAACCCUUCCACCGUGCUGUCAUCGUCUCCCGAACGCUUCCUCUCGUUUAGUCGACCACCCAAUCCGACCUAUCAGCUACGACCGAUCAAGGGCACUCUUCGCAAGGGACCAGACAUCCAGCGAGCAGAUGCCGAACGACACCUGGUAGGAAGUGUCAAAGAGGUUGCAGAGAACCUCAUGAUCGUCGACCUGAUUCGCCACGACCUACACGGAGUGGUGGGCGAACAAGUGCACGUGUCGCAGUUUUGUGGAAUCGAAGAAUACGAGACUGUAUGGCAAAUGGUCAGUGUCGUAGAGGGCCAGUCUUCCCCUUGUCGGUGUGACGAGCCCGGUGAGCGGAACAGCCAAGGAUGGCAAGUCCUCCGUCAUUGUCUACCCCCCGGUAGUAUGACGGGCGCACCGAAAAAACGUAGUGUUGAGAUUCUGCGUGAGUUGGAGCGAGAGCCCCGGGGAAUCUACUCUGGCGUGCUUGGGUACUGGGACAUUGGGGGUGGGGGCGAUUGGGCAGUGGUUAUUCGAAGCUGCUUCAAGCAUGAAUCUCAGUCACGAGUUCCUAAUGCCACCGAAAACGAAGACCUUGGCGGUACCAAGCUUGGCCAUCCUCCCUUGGAGGAGUGGUCAAUAGGUGCUGGUGGGGCAAUCACAGCACUAUCAGAUGCACAAGCCGAGUGGGAGGAAAUGGUACUCAAAUUGCAAAGUGUCCUCGGUGUUUUCAAGGCGAAUCCGUCCCUGUCACCCCCACAAGGGCCGACGCUCUGA